AAGGUGAGCAGUUCAUUUUCACAAUCGACCAAUUCUUUAAUUACUCUAUUAUGGCUCCUAAAGUGUUCUUUUUCCUCCUCACUUCCCUACUUCUCUUUUUCCAUACUUUUGCAAAGAAUGUCGAGACUUCAACUACUGAGAAUGAGCCUUUCAAAAAUCAAAAUUUGUGGCAUCCCCGCCCUUGGUUGAAGCGAGGACCCCACCCUCCUUUGCCUGCGGGAUGGGGUCACUGGCCCCAUCCUCAUCCUCCUUUGCCAGCGGGAUGGGCUCACAAGCCCCACCCUCCUAUGCCUGCCGGUGGUUGGUCUCAGUGGCCCCCUCAUCUGCCCAUUCGAGGUAGCCCGUUUUGGCCCCGCUAUCCCGGAUUCCGUGGUGGAUGGCGGUGGUUGCCUCAUCCUCCUUUGCCAUCUAAACAAUCAAAAGUUGCUAGUACUAGUGACGAAAGGAGUAACGAAGUGGAAGCAUUGGCUUCUGGCAUCAUCCACAAUUCCCACGCAUCGGCGCUCGUCCGCCGAUGCCACAAUGGCCGUUCCCUCACCCGCCAAUGCCCAAAUGGCCGUUCCCUCACCCGCCAAUGCCCCACUGGCCGUUCCCACAUCCUCCAUUGCCUUCUUGGUUGCCUAAAUUCAAAUGGCCUAUCGCUCUCCCGCCGCUCCCUUCGGGUGGGUCCCGGUGGCCGUGGCUACCGCACCAUGACGGAAAAGGUGUCGAAGAAUCCAAGACCAUGGCAAGCAAAUGCUCUUCAACUCCUGCAGCGGUUGAGAAUUGCAUGAAAGAUGGGACUUUCACAUUUAGUGACACUAAAGGCUACACAUUCUCUACUGAGUGUUGUACCUUGGUUGCUGAGAUCAAAGAUGAAUGCAUUGAUGGGGUGUACCUUCCGGUUAUCAAACAUCAAUGCUCAAUCCAGACUUAAUUAGUCAUAGUCAAUUAGAUUUGUAGUCAAUUAAUUAAUUAUUAGCUAGGAAUAAUGGAAAUGCUUGCAUAUACAUACAUAUGAUAUGCAUGCAUGGCCGCAUGAUGAUAGUUAGUCGAUUAGAUUAGUACUUUGAUUAUCUCAAUCAAAUGAAUAAAUUUUAUAGACAUUUCCCUAAAUUUUACCUUUAUUCUUUUAUGAGAC